UCCAUGUUACAAAGUCUCAAUUUCUCUUGCCAGUUUUGAGGCAACAUAAAGUGGAAAAGUUAUUUCAUCCACUGGAUUUCUUGUAAACACUAGUUGUGAAACACUUUCUCCACUGAUUAUUUCCCACUUGGUGGCAUCUUCUAACUUAUAGAAAUGGAUCCAAGGCUUUUAGAGGUGAUUGCAAGAAAUGACAAAAACACCUUCAUCAACUUAGUUCGAGAGAAUGAAAACUUUCUUGAACAAAGAACAGAUAGUUCCAGGAGCACAGUGUUACACUUGGCAUCAAGAUUUGGACAUGUUAAAUUGGUGAUGGAAAUUUUGAAGUUGCGCCCCAUGGUUGCUGCAGAGAAUAAUAAGCUGGAGACUCCAUUGCAUGAAGCCUGUAGUCGAGGGCAUACUGAGGUUCUCAAGCUGCUAUUAGAGCACAACCCUUGGGCGGCUUGUAAGCUUAAUGCUGAUAACCAGAGUGCAUUCUUUAUGGCUUGCAGUCAUGGGCAUGUCGACCUGGUGAAGCUCCUGUUGAAUCAGUCUUGGUUGGUGGGAUUAGAAGAUGAGGGAUUUGAUCCAACUUGUCUUCAUGUGGCUGCAUCAAGAGGGCACACAGGUGUUGUUAGAGAGUUAUUAAAUGUGUUCCCAGACCUUGCUUGGAAGGUUGACAAGAAUGGAUAUUCUCCAUUGCACCAUGCUUGUAACAGUGGGAACCUGGAAAUAGCAAGAAUGCUCCUAAAGCUUAGCACAGACCUCACUCUGCAGUUGAGUAGCACAGGUCACAUGCCACUGCACUUGGCAGCAAUGAAUGCAAAAACAGAAAUUUUUGAAGAAUUUGAGCAGAUAGCUCCCAUAUCCUUUCAUCAUCUCACAAGACAGGGAGAAACAGUUUUUCAUUUAACUGUGAAGUACAAGCACUACGAGGCUUUCAUAUGGUUGGUGAGUGCCUUCCACAAUACUGAUCUCUUCCACCAUCCAGAUCAAUGUGGUAACACUCUCUUGCAUCUUGCAGUCUCUAGAGGAUGCUCUCAGAUUGUGGAGUUUUUGAUUAACAAAAAAACAGUGGAGAUCAACUCUCAGAAUUAUGAGGGACUCACAGCUCUUGGCAUCCUAGACCAGGCAGGUAGUAUUGAUAAAUUUCCACAUAUUAAAGCUAUGUUGGAGGGAGCUGGUGGUAUUAACAAGAAAAUUUUACGUUCAAAAGAAGUUGAAGGAACUAAUCCAGGCAUAUUUGAGGACACUUGGAGGCCAAUUAAAUUAGAUAAUGUGUCCAGGUUGCCCAUAACAAAGGACUUUGGUGAUCCACCCAACCAAGGAAAUUAUGAAGUAAAUGCACUCCAUCAUCAAGCUGAGGAGGCAGACAAAAUUCAAGAGGACAACUCAACUAUGCCAGAUCAUUCACCAAAGAAGACAACUAGCUCCUUGGCCAAUUUGCAGCGACAUAAGCUCCUGAGCAGAAGACGAAAGGUAGAACUAACUAAACUUUAUAAUGACCGUCGAAGUAGGCAACAUGAUAUAUACAGGGAGGCGCUGCAAAAUGCCAGGAACACAAUUACACUUGUUGCCAUUCUGAUUGCCACAGUUACUUUUACUGCUGGAUUAAACCCUCCUGGUGGUGUUUACCAGCAACAAUCAUCGAGUGGAAAUUCAACAGUGGCUGGAACAACAGCUUUCAAGGUCUUUACAAUAAGCAACAACUUUGCAUUGUUCACAUCUUUGAGCAUUGUUAUAAUUCUAGUCAGUAUCAUUCCUUUUCAAAGAAAACUACUAAUGAGGCUACUGGUUGUUACUCACAAAGUCAUGUGGUUGGCUGUCUCAUUCAUGGCUACAUCUUAUGUUGCAGCCACAUGGAUAAUUUUACCACAUGGUCAUGGAAAAGAAUGGAUACUUGCUAUCAGUGCCGCAACCAUGGGAACUCUAUUCUUCUAUCUAGGAGUUGUUUUGGCUAGACACUGGUUGAGGAAGUUGAAGUGGAGGAAAGACAAAGGUAAAAAACAAGGGACUGUUACGCUCACUGAUAGCAAAACCCAGUCACAAUCUGCUAAGCCUGACAUCAAACUCGACAUCAAGUGUCACUCCACAAACUCUAACACUAGAGAUGAAACUCGAUCAGAAUCCAAAUCCAAUUUCUCCACCAACUCUGACCUUAGUAGUUCCAGAUGCCUAGGAUAUCAUGCAUACUGAACAGUCAAAAUUGAGGAAAGGGUAACUGAUUUGAUCUUGAAGAAGCAACAAGCUGGUUAGAGUGAAAUCUACUUGGCUGCCUAAUUUUGCAAAAAUAGUUGGGAACUUAAGUAUUUACUUUGAAAAUCAUUUUCUAGUUUGUACGUUUUAUUCUCAUUCAUUGAAAAUGUUUUAUUUCUUGUUUUCCAAGGAUUUCAUUGGUUUACAAAGGAAGGAAAAUCAUUGCAUGUAAUUGGAAAAAAUGAAAAGGCAUAUGGUAAUUGUAUUUUUAUUAUGAUAGAAAAUUUUGAAAAGUGUGACCCUAAUUCCUAAAUAUGUUGAUCCAAGAAUUUCCCAACAA